AUGAUCAACAGAGUCAAGACGGAGUUAAAAGAGUUCCAGAAGUGGAUCAUUAAGCCGAAACUCAACGCUUCCACACGCCUUUGCGCGUCUGCUGCCGUACCAUUUAACAGUUUGUUUUACAGUACAAUGAUUCAACUUCUGAUCAGGGGCAAAAAUGGGCUGCCGGCAGACGCCGGUGCUCCAGGGAAAGGAGGGAAGGAUGCGCCUGACAUUGCUUUUCCUCCAGCGCCAGACUCACCUUGUGUUCUUUGUCCAGCAGGCCCUCCGGGACCGAGGGGAUAUCAGGUAAAAUCUUAUUCGUGGCUAAAAGCUAUUAUUUUCAUUUUAAUUAAGGGCGAGAGAGGACUUCAAGGUCGUAAAGGAUAUCCGGGACCACCUGGUUUACCGGGUUGUGAUGGAUUGGAUGGACCACCAGGCAUAGUAGGCCCAAUUGGUUCAGUUGGAAAAUCUGGGCCUCUUGGCUUUGUUGGAUUACCCGGCCCUCCAAGUUAUGUUGGAACUGGAACGACAGGUCAAAAGGGUUUGCCAGGUCCGCCUGGACCUAGAGGUAUGCCAGGCAUCCCUGGACGGCAUUCUAAUAUAGCGGGACCACCGGGAAUUCCUGGAAAAAUGGGAACAAAGGGACUCAAAGGUCGACCAGGACCGCAUGGAUCACCAGGGCAAGUAGGUCCAUCAGGCUACCCUGGCAACCCUGCUCACUAUUGCCCAACUGACUGUGGGGUCAGCGAAGUAUACAUUCCACGAUUGCCAGAUCCAAACAAUGCUGAACAGCUCGAGCCUCUCGAAACUUUACCAUCUCCGCCGUACGUGCCGACUGAGGUACCUCCGUCAUCAGCAAAUGUACCAGAUGAAAGCGGCGGUCGCACUUCAGAGACUAGCUUGGAACAAAGCUACGAUCAACUGUAUGAUGCUCUGGAAUAA